CACACUACCACCUAUUUUGUUCCGCACUGCUGGCAGUGGUGAUGAUGGUUUGAAACAACAACAAUAACAAGUACAAAACGGCUGAAGAGUUGAGUUGAAGAGCAAGUAUUUUAUUUCUUUGGACACUUUGAAAUGAGUGUAGUGUUCAGAAGAUUUCAUAAUUCAGGAAUUUUUAAAAUGGCUAGUGCAUCGUUAAAAGGAAAUGGACCGGUUGAGGAUAUUAUGUACAGGAAAUUGGAGGCAAACCUGAAGCCUGUACACCUGGAGCUAUUUAAUGAAUCGUACAUGCACAAUGUCCCCAAAGGAUCAGAAACCCAUUUCAAAGUUGUAAUCGUAUCUCCACAAUUUGAGGGAAAACCAUUAAUCCAGAGGCAUCGUGCUGUAAAUGAAAUACUGGCUGAUGAACUUAAAAGUGGGGUCCAUGCUCUGUCUAUUGUGGCGAAAACACCAGAUCAGUGGGAAUGCAGCUCCAAGGAGGUUGAGCCAAGCCCCAAAUGUCGAGGAGGGUUUGGGAAAUAGAUUUUUCAUAAUAUUUUUUUUCUUUUUUGAGGAAGGGGAGUGGGGUGGGGUGGGUGACGCUUUGGUAGGAGAGACAAUGAAAUGUAAAUAUUGCGUAAUAAACAUAUGACAAACAUAA